UGUUAAUUCUGUUGAGUAGACAAUGGUAUUAUGGUGUUGCUUCUUCACUAGUCACUAGCUCUCUCUGCCUCUGAGUCUCUGAGACCAACAACAAGAGUCUGCAAUUCCAACAGAUCAAUCAAUCAACCAUGAAGAACAACGAUGAAGACAACAACAACAAUCCCAACAUAGGAAUCUUCGAUUCCCGAUUCAGCCAGACCCUCAGAAGCGUUCAAGGAUUACUCAAGGGCCGUAGCAUGCCCGGUAAAAUAUUAUUGAGCCAGAGGGUAGAUCCGAUUGAUAAUUCGAACUUGUCUUCACCAACUUAUACAAGGAGCAACUCAUACAAUGAUGCUGGCACAAGUGAUCACGCAUCUGAGACAGUAGAGGUAGAGGUUCACAGUUCAAGUGGUAUUCCUGGUGAGAAUAAGUUAAAAAUAUCAACGUCCCAUGUGGAGAACCCGUCUGAAGACGUCCGGAAAUCUUCCAUGGGUGCUAGAGCUACAGAUUCUGCUAGAGUUAUGAAGUUCACUAAGGUGCUUUCUGGGACGGUGGUCAUAUUAGAUAAAUUGCGUGAAUUAGCUUGGAGUGGUGUUCCAGAUUAUAUGCGUCCUACAGUUUGGAGACUUCUCUUGGGAUAUGCACCACCUAAUUCAGAUAGAAGGGAGGGAGUUUUGAGAAGAAAGCGCCUUGAGUAUCUUGAUUGCGUUUCUCAGUAUUAUGAUAUUCCUGAUACGGAACGCUCAGAAGAUGAGAUCAACAUGCUUCGCCAGAUUGCUGUUGAUUGUCCAAGAACUGUCCCUGAUGUUUCAUUCUUCCAGCAGCAGCAAGUUCAGAAAUCACUGGAGCGUAUUCUUUACGCAUGGGCCAUCCGGCAUCCUGCAAGUGGAUAUGUUCAGGGGAUAAAUGAUCUUGUUACGCCAUUUUUUGUUGUUUUCCUGUCAGAAUACUUAGAAGGGAGCAUAGAUAAUUGGUCAAUGUCUGAUUUAUCUUCAGAUGAAAUCUCUAACGUAGAGGCUGACUGUUAUUGGUGCUUGUCAAAGUUGCUUGAUGGUAUGCAAGAUCAUUACACAUUUGCUCAACCAGGAAUUCAAAGGCUUGUUUUUAAGUUGAAGGAAUUGGUCAGGAGGAUUGAUGAUCCUGUUUCAACUCAUAUGGAGAACCAGGGACUGGAAUUUCUUCAAUUUGCUUUCCGCUGGUUCAACUGUCUUCUGAUCCGUGAGAUACCCUUCAAUAUGGUUACACGCCUUUGGGACACAUAUCUAGCAGAAGGAGAUGCCUUACCAGACUUCCUUGUGUAUAUAUUUGCCAGUUUUCUUCUAACGUGGUCAGACAAAUUACAGAAGCUUGAUUUCCAAGAUUUGGUGAUGUUCCUUCAACACCUUCCAACUCAGGACUGGACUCACCAGGAGCUCGAGAUGGUACUUUCGCGUGCAUUUAUGUGGCACAGCAUGUUCAACAACUCUCCAAACCAUUUAGCUACCUGAGCUGCAAUUCUGAUUUAUGUAUUUUGUUAUUCUGUUUUCUGGUGUUCCCCUUUCAUCAGACUUGCUUCCCCUUUAGUGUGUGGUGCUUUUUAUGGACGAUUUUUUUAAUCAUUUUUACAUGUAUUUUCCCUUGUAAUAUCUUGUAAAGGAGAGGUAAAAAUAAUCAGGAAAUAGAGAGGCUAUUUUUGUUGUAUUACUUUUUCAUAGAUUAUAUUAAUGUGUUACAACCAA